AUGUCUUCAUUGUCAGAAACGCCUGAUCCCUCGAUGGGUGCGGGCCCUGCGACUACUGGCUCCUCUUCGCCUCCAACUUCUACCCCCUCUCCCUCAACCUCGAGCGCGACCACCGCUCCUUCGAGUGCAUCUGCGCGUCGGCCGCCUCGUAAGAGCACCUUGACUCAGCAGCAGAAAAACAACAAACGUCAACGAGCCACUCAGGAUCAAUUGGUUACCCUCGAGCUUGAAUUCAACAAGAACCCUACACCUACUGCCGCUACUCGGGAGCGAAUCGCUCAGGACAUCAACAUGACUGAGCGGUCCGUACAAAUUUGGUUUCAAAAUCGUCGUGCGAAAAUCAAGAUGCUCGCUAAGAAGAGCAUUGAGACUGGUGAGGGUUGUGACUCGAUUCCGGAAUCGAUGCGUCAUUACCUCGCGAUGCAAUUUGAUCCUAGCAAGCCUGGCGCCCGAGAUGCUUUUGGGCGAUCAAACGGAUAUGGAGCACCUGGCGGCAUGUAUGCGAGCGAGCCUAAUCCAUCUGGGAAAGUCGUUAUCUCGCAUUUCACUUGUCGUUCCUUGACGAUUGGUAGCUGGCGCCGGAUUGGCCAGAAUGCCAUGGACCUGGUUGUUUUCUACUCACCUGAUAAGGCCUGCAUGACUUACUAUAUAAAUAACGACUCCGCAGGCUACAAGAUCGAGUAUCCUUUUGCCUAUAUUAAGAACAUCACUCUAGAAACUGGAGAUCCGAAUCCUGGGCCAAAUGGUGCUCCGGUACGACCCGGUGGCUUGGUGGUCGAACUUAACCGCCCACCACUCUUUUACAUGGAUUCCUCCAACUCCGGGGGGUUCUAUCAAUGUGGGGAUUUCACGGAGGAGCAGCAAGCCAGCCAGAUCAUGAUUCAUCACCUGGGAGGCCAUCCCAAGGUUCUCAGUGUCCAGCUGGCUAAACUUGUUUCUUUGGAAUCCUUCCAGAAUCGCCUGGCCUAUGGCAACAGCAGCACUUUCGCUGUCCCUGCCGCCCCCGCUGCCAUGUCGCCUCCGUUCAUCCAACGACCCGCCUCUCAGCCCAAUCAUUUCGCCCCUGCCGCGUACUUGAAUCUCUACCAGGAUCACAAUCACUUGGGCUUCAACAUGCCUGCUGCCCGCGGGCAUAAGCGCCAGCGAAGUCGCUCUGUGCCCGUGGCGGUCGACAUAUCUGUACUGCAGGGUCCCAUGUCAUCGUUUCCUGUGCCUCAGACACCAGCACCUUACAACCACGCUGAUUCUGGUAUCUAUGCACCGGUCCCGCAGUCGGCCCAUGCUCUUCCUACGGAUCUACGAAUUGACACUGGCGGUUACGGACUGGAUUUCCGGACUAAUCCGAUGUCUGCAACAACUCCUGUAUCGCCGUCCGACUUCGCUAGCCCGUCAAUGUUCAGCAGUGCUGCCCAGGGCGACUCUACGCCUGUUGCUAGUAUGGCACCGCAAUUUUCCAUCCCUUUCGCCAGUGGGCCUUCGGAUACAUCGACCGUUGGAUCUCACACUGCAUCACCGUACUCCGGUGUCAGUCCUGCCGAUCCCAUGAUUGCGAACCACUCCCCACCUCUGUCCAGCAUGUCUCACACCUCGUCUGAUAUGUAUGGCUUCUCGCACGAUCAACAAUCGGCGUUUGUCGAUGAUGGGCUAUCCAUGAACGAUAUGUAUUCCAAGCAUAACGUCAACUAUGCUGUCUCACAUGAUGCUCCGAGUUUUGAGCUACCAAUGCAUGGCAUGUCUGGCCACGCCUCCCCGGCGUUGGGCGACUAUUCCCAUGGUAUGGUCAAUCUAGAUGAGAUAAAUUCGCAUGGCCUGCCCUCUGAGUCUUGA